AUGGAGAACACUCAUGUUAUAGCCAUACCUUAUCCAGCACAAGGUCAUGUAAUUCCUUUAAUGGAACUUGGUCAACAUUUGGCUAAAAAUGGUGUUAAAGUCACCUUUAUAAACACAGAUUAUAAUCACAAACUAGUAACAAACACUUGGUCAGAAAAGGGUCUGAUGCAAAUGGUUUCUAUCCCAGAUGGGCUCGAGCCAUGGGAAGACAGGAGUGACGUCGGUAAGCUGGCUCAAUCAAUAGUCCAAACGAUGCCUGCAAAGCUAGAAGAGCUCAUAAACAGGAUUAAUGAAGAAAAUGAUGGCAAAGUUACGUGUCUUCUUGCUGAUAGUUGCAUGGCUUGGGCAAUACAUGUCGCCCAAAAGAUGGGAAUCCGACGAGCGUCCUUCUGGUCUGCCUCGGCUGCUACUUUUGCUUCUGCUUUGAGCUUUCAGAAGCUAAUCGACGAUGAAAUUAUAAACAAAUCUGGGGUUCCUUUAAACGACGAUAUGAUUCAAUUGUCACCAUCAAUGCCACCCAUAAAACCAUCAAACCUUUCAUGGGCAUGUAUUGGUGACUUAGACACUACAAAAAUUAUCUUUGAUGUCACAGUACAGAUUGUGAAGGCAGCUUCACUGUCAGAAUGGAUAUUAUGCAACUCAAGUGAUCAUCUUGAGUCUGCAGCAUUUAGUCAUUUCCCACAGUUGACACCAAUUGGUCCACUGUUAGCAAGCAACCGGCUAGCUGAACAAGCAGGCCAUUUCUGGCAAGAAGACUCCACCUGUUUGACAUGGCUAGACCACCAGGAACCAUGCUCAGUCAUUUAUAUUGCUUUUGGGAGCUACACCAUCUUUGACCAGACUCAAUUUGAAGAAUUGGCACUUGGUCUUGAACUAACCAACAAACCAUUCUUAUGGGUAGUCCGACAAGGUAUAACCAAGGAGACUACAGUUACGUACCCAGAGGGUUAUAUGGACAGGAUUCAGAGUCGUGGAAGAAUAGUGAGCUGGGCACCACAACAGAAGGUGUUGGCUCACCCUUCAGUUGCUUGUUUCAUGAGCCAUUGUGGUUGGAACUCAACUUUGGAAGGUGCUAACAACGGGGUUCCAUUCAUAUGUUGGCCGUAUUUUGCUGAUCAAUUUCAUAACCAAAGUUACAUUUGUGAUAUUUGGAAGAACGGUGUGGGGUAUGACAAGAACAAAGAAGGAAUUGUUACGCGAGAAGAGAUUAAAAGCAAAGCCAACCAAGUGCUUAGCAACGGAACAUACAAAGAAAACGCUUUGGCUCUAAAAGAGAAGGUUAUGAGUGAUAUUAGUAAAGGUGGGAGCUCGAAAAAGAACUUGAGUGAUUUCAUCAAGUGGAUUCAUGAAAUAAAGGGAUUCUGAAUGUUAAGAUUGUUCAAAACUCUAGAAGAAAGCUUAAAUGCAAAGUAGUACUGUUUCGUACCA